GCCGUGCAAGAUUUCAUAACAUCUUCAUUUCAACGCAACGACCUCUUUUUACCAGAUUAUCCACCGUGUGCCAAACUAUCUAUUCAAGUUCGUGCUUCUUUGAUACUUUGGUUGAUAAAGUUAAAAUAAUGCUCAAUUUAAAUUGUGAAACCAUGUUAAAUGUGUGUGUUGCGUUGCUGGUUUUUCUUGCGGCAACUGUUGAUGGCUUGCGAGAAGGUCAAAUACGUCUGGUCGGAGGUAAAAACGAUAAUGACGGAACCGUAGUGAUUUAUCAUAAUAGAAAAUGGGGAUCAAUAUGUGACGAUGAAUGGGACAUGAGAGAUGCUAGGGUGACGUGUCAACAACUUGGAUUUCCCGGUGCUAAGAAAGCUGCUCGGAGGAGUGAGUUUGGGCGAGGACGACGACGGAUGUGGAUGUCUCGAGUGCGAUGUAGUGGAUUUGAGAGUCAGCUACGUUAUUGUAUGUUCUUUGGAUGGGGACGUAUUCGUCAUCGUUGUCGUGGUGGUUGGCGUUCAGCAGGGGUAGUGUGUCUACCAAAGAAGAACCCGGGUACGGAUGGAACACCUAUUUAUUCCACUACUCCGACGCCAGCUACGACAACUGAAGCUCUCCAUAACAGUGGUGUCCAAAUAAGGAUACGAGGUGGAAGAUAUUUCUGGGAAGGCAGACUGGAGGUGAAAAGGAACCCCGAGGAAACUGCGUGGGGAACAGUGUGUGGUAAAGUCUGGAGUAUACGAGAAACAAUGGUGGCUUGUAGAGAAUUAGGACUAGAUUUUGGAAAGCAAGCAUUACAGGUGAAUUAUUUUGGGGGACAGAAUAUGGAUAAGAUAUAUAAUGAAGUAAAGUGUACGGGGAGAGAAUCCCGACUAGAUGAAUGUUUUAGAGUUGAAACAGCUGAUAGUGUAAGCUGUGCUGGUAAACAUCUGGUAGCUGGUAUAGUUUGUUCAAAAUUUUUGCCAGAUUUAAUACCAAGCUUACAUAGGUUAGAAGAAUCUAUUCUGCUUCAAGAUAGACCUUUAUAUUACCUACAAUGUGCUCUAGAGGAAAACUGCCUUUCAAGCUCUGCCACCACCAUCAGAAAUAGCAGCAAAAAUUGGAUGGGUGCAUCACGUCGUUUACUCAAAUUUUCUACAGUUGUACACAAUCGUGGUGUGGCAGAUUUUAGACCAUAUAGAGCCAAAGGACAAUGGGAAUGGCAUCAAUGUCACAUGCAUUAUCACAGUAUGGAAGUGUUCGCUCAUUAUGAUAUUAUAGAUGAGCAUGGUAAUAGGUUAGCUGAAGGUAGUAAAGCUAGCUUUUGUUUAGAAGAUUCACGAUGUGAAAAUGGGAUAACACCGAAAUAUGAUUGUACUGGAUUCGGUGACCAAGGUUUAUCGGUAAACUGUUCUGAUAACUAUAUGAAUGACAUUGAUUGUCAAUGGAUAGAUAUUACAGAUAUCCCCGUGGGAAAAUAUAUAUUUAAGAUGGAAGUAAAUCCAAAACUUCUAGUGGCAGAGUUAGAUUAUGAUAAUAACGUAGCCGUUUGCGAUUUGACAUAUACGAUGUAUAACGCAUUUCUUCAAAAUUGC